AUGGGUGGGAAUUGGUAUUUGGAAUUCUCUUACACCUCAAAGAAAAAUCCAAAAUUCUACUUUGCCGGUCCGGAAUGGAACCAAGCGGUUGAGAGAGCUCUUGGCACUGGGCAGAUUGACACAGUCACCUAUCACACAAUUGGCAAGAAUUAUGUUCGCUUCGAGAAAUGGUCAGCUUGGACUGCAGGUGAACCUCGGGAUAAAGCUUUGCAGUUGAUUCAGGACUACGUUGAUAAUGUGGAAUUUGUCCGAUCAAAUGAUACUGCAAACUCAUUCUCCUAG